ACACUGCCCGCGCUGGAGCGCCGGCCGGGAUCGCCCGAUCCCGACCCCACAGAUCCGGGCGAUCCCGGCGAUCCCAGCGAUCCCGAUCCCAGCGAUCCCAACGAUCCCAACUUCUUUCCUUGUGGGGCGCAGUCCGUGGCUUUGUUUAAUGACGAAAUUACAAUUAAAAGAAAAGGGCCUGACGGCGCCAUUAAAGACGUGCCUCUAAACUUCGAGAACGUUGCCUACGAAUGGGACUUUCUCCAGUUCAUGGUGUCCAAUAGGACGUGGGAAAGCGAGGGUUUGGAACCCUGGAUCUUGCCUUCAAACCCUAAAUUUAGGGUUUGGCUGCACCCCCCUUUUACCCCCAGUUUCCAAAAGCUUUACGCAGUGCUGUCGGAGCCUCUGGUCCCCGGCGAGCAGUACUACGCGGUGCUGACCAGCAACAAAUGGCCGGCGGAGGCGUGGGGAGCAAAAAAGUCUUUUGUCAUCACCGGGCUGACCCCCAUGGGCGGAGCGAAUUUCCCUUUGGCGAUUUUCACACUCGCCACAGGCGCUCUCUGCAUUCUUCUCGUCCUGCUGCUUUGGGUUAUGAAGAAGCUGAAGCUCAAAUUCGUUAGCAGCACAGCUCAAGGCGUGGACUUGAAGCCAGAAAGCUCACAAACAGAAGGCCCUGUGUCUCCCCGCUCUGGGGACGGCGGUGGAUCGCGGCGGGUGGUAGUUGCUGCUCCAGGCUCUCCCGUGGCUGCUGCUGCUGCAGCGUCUGCUGCUGCUGCUGCUGCUGCUGAGGAUGAAUUUGGACAAGAAACAGAAGAAGAGGCCCUUUCCCGUUUGCUGCCGCUGCUGUCGGGGGCCCCCAGCUGCCUGUGUCCUGUGCACUGCAGCGCAGCAGACGACGGGUCUUGGGACACGCUGCGAGAGCGCGCUGCUGCUUCUGCUGCUGCUGCUGCUGCUGCUGCUGCAGCGCCCCCAGCAGCAGCAGCAGCAGCAGCAGCAGCAGCAGACGUGGAGAGGCAGUUUUCAGGGGCCACUCCCGAAGACACUGAGGGAGAAGAAGAAGACUUCAGCGAGGCAACAGAUGAGGAUUAUGGAGAGCGCCGCAGGUCUUACCUCAACUCUUGCCAGCAGCAGGCUUUAGAAGCAGCAGCAGCGCAGCAGCAGCAGCAGCAGCUGCUGCAGCAGCAGCAGCAGCAGCAGCAGCGGGAAUCAGUGGGGCACCUCGACGUCCAGUUCAGCCACAACCUCUGA